AUGCCCCGAGUCGCCGACCACAUGGCAUGGAAAUGGUACACCAGCUUCAAAUCCAAGGAAGACCUCAAUCUCCCAGCACUCACCCUCGAGCCGGACGGCCUGUACCGAAUCCACUGCAACGAACUAUUCUGCCGCGUCCCGAACUGUCCCAAGAUAACUCCCUCCGACACUUUGAAUAACCUGCGCAAGCACUACGCGCAUAGACAUCCCGAGAUAAAGUUGACUGGGAACUCGAAGCGUGGGGGACGCCCCACUCUUGCCGAGGAACAUGCCGCAAUUGACUUCCACAAGGCGCUUUAUAAUGAUCAUUUUGCCACGCCGGGUAUGACGGCCGCUGUGCCUAUUAAGAUUGAGGAUUCGGAUUCGGAUUUGGAUACUAUCAAGGGCGAAGAUAUUCCGUGGGAUUCGUGA